CCUCUUCUUUUUUCCCCCCAUCCUCCAUCAACUCUCUCCUCCACCUCUCUCUCUCUCUCUCUCUGUCCAUCAGUCCUUCCUUUUCUUUUCAGUUUAUCAUCAUGGAGAACGAGUCGGUGAUCUUCUGGGAUGGGCAGGGCAACUCCCAGAAUACAAUCUGAAACUCUGAGACCACUCACUCUACUGCAGGAUUACUACACAAUAACUACAGUUACACAUUACAGAAAAUGCUGUACUGUUUACUGUAAAAAUACUUAAUCUACUGCGGAUUCGGCUCAUACUACAAGAGGAACUACAACAUAUUUCGGAAACUACUAAAGUACUCAUUCUACUAUAACUACUCACAGGAUUACAACAAUCCACCAGAAACUUAUCUGAAAGCUGAGGUCCAACCAAUCACAGACGCAAGAACCUGGCAUCUCAAGCUGGACCAGAUCCAAAAGGCCAAACCAGUACCGGACCAGUCGGCCAGUUAGACUCUGUAGAGCGGAUCAGACCAGGCCUGGACAGACCAGAAGAGACCAGUGAAAAUCAGUAAAGGCCAUUGGAAAAGUUUGAUGGGACUGCUGACGAUAGCCACAUGCCUCUGAGUCCGGCUGCUGACACCAAACAUGAUCGCCCGCGGCAACAGGCGGUUACUAACGGCAACCCGACAGGCUCUGCUGUUGCCAGGGACGACGACGCAGAUGACACACCCCCCGGAAACAGCAUCGUUGUCCGCAUUGGCAUCCCCGACCUGCAGCAGACGAAGUGUUUGCGGUUGGACCCAGAGUUACCAGUUUGGACCAGUAAGCAGAGGGUUCUGGUGACGUUGACUCAGUCUCUGUCGGAUGUUUUGAACUAUGGUCUCUUCCAGCCGGCGUUCAACGGCCGAGCCGGAAAGUUUCUGGACGAAGAGCGGCUGCUGAAGGAGUAUCCUCUCCCCCCCAUCACACCCAUCCCAUACCUGGAGUUUCGUUACAAGAGGAGAAUUUACACUCAGAGCUACGUGGACGAUAAACAGCUGGCCAAGCUGCACACCAAGGCAAACCUGAAGCGCUUUAUGGAACAUGUUCAUCAGAAGAAUUUGGAGAAGGUUUCCAAAUGGCUGGAAAAGGGCCUGGACCCCAACUUCCAUGACUCUGACACUGGGGAGUGUCCUCUGACCCUGGCGGUCCAGCUGGAAGAGAGCGGCGACUUGAUAAAAGUUCUUCGCAGUGGAGGAGCUCACCUGGACUUCAGGACCAGAGACGGGAUCACCGCUCUGCAUCGGGCCGUCCUCUGCAGGAACAGCGCUUCUCUCACUACUCUGCUGGACCUCGGAGCGUCUCCGGACUACAAGGACAGCAGAGGUCUGACUCCCCUCUAUCACUCUGCCAUGGUGGGCGGCGCCCCCUACUGCUGUGAGCUGCUGCUGCAGGACCACGCCACCAUCGGGAUGACUGAUGAGAACGGGUGGCAGGAAAUCCACCAGGCAUGUCGCUAUGGUAACGUGCAGCACUUGGAGCACCUGCUGUUCUACGGCGCUGACAUGAGUUCCCAGAAUGCAUCGGGAAACACCGCACUGCACCUCUGUGCUCUCUACAACCAGGACAGCUGUGCCAGAGUGCUGCUGUUCAGAGGAGCAAAUAAAGACGUGAAAAACUACAACAACCAGACUGCCUUUCAGGUGGCGAUAAUUGCUGGGAACUUCGAUCUUGCAGAAAUAAUUAAGAUCCACAAAACCUCUGAUGUUGUAGUUCCCUUCAGAGAAACUCCAUCCUACACAAAGCGCCGCAGAGCCGGCGUGACCAGGAUGCCGGCUGGAAAUGGUCUGUCUUCUCCACGCUCUCUGAUUCGCUCAGCUAGUGACAACGCUCUGGAAAGCCCCGCCUCCUCUCCUGGCCCCUCCCUCCAAAGCCUGGAAACGCAUCAUGACACGCACACGCACUCGCUACGACGACACACACGCCGGCUCAGUCCGAGUGGUGGAGGUCAUGCAGAGACCAGCCCCCCCUCGUCCCCUCCCCCAACCCCCCAGAUGAGGAAGAGGAGGCUGUACAGUGCUGUACCAGGACGCACCUUCAUCGCCACCCGGUCCCACGUCCCCCAGGGGCCUGGAGAGAUCCAGCUGCACCGAGGAGAGAGGGUGAAAGUUCUGUCUAUAGGUGAAGGAGGAUUCUGGGAAGGAAGUGUGAAAGGAAGAACUGGUUGGUUUCCUGCUGACUGUGUUGAAGAAGUCCAGAUGAGACAGUAUGACCCAAGACUGGAGACGAGGGAGGACCGCACCAAGAGACUGUUCAGACAUUAUACUGUAGGAUCCUAUGACAACUACACCUCCUACAGUGACUAUGUGAUCGAGGAGAAGACGGCCGUGCUGCAGAAGAGAGAGAGCGAGGGAUUCGGCUUCGUCCUCAGAGGAGCUAAAGCUGAGACCCCCAUCGAGGAGUUUGCCCCCACGCCGGCGUUCCCCGCACUGCAGUACCUGGAGUCCGUCGACCAAGGGGGCGUGGCCUGGAGGGCGGGGCUACGGACUGGAGACUUCCUAAUAGAGGUGAACGGCGCUGACGUGGUGAAGGUGGGUCACCGGCAGGUCGUCUCUCUGAUCCGACAGGGAGGAAGUCGACUGCUGAUGAAGGUCGUAUCCGUGUCCAGGAAAUCCGAAUCCAACCUGGUCAGGAAGAAAGCUCCACCUCCUCCAAAACGAGCCCCCAGCACCUCGUUGACGCUCCGAUCCAAGUCCAUGACCGCUGACCUGGAGGAGAUCGCCAGGAGGAGACGCAUCGAGAAACUGGAUGAGAUGUUGGCCGGGGGUCAACAGGAAGUCGUUCUAAGGGGCCGCCCGUCAGACGACUUCAGAGCGGCGACGGUCAAACAGAGGCCGACCAGCCGACGCAUCACACAGGCCGAGAUUAAUUCGUUGUUUGAGCGUCAGGGACUCGUGCCCCCCACGCCUCCAGAGAAGAGCACCAUGGCUUUGCCCCGAGGAAUGUCCAGAACCAAGAGUUUUGGCACACCUGAGGACGACAGGAUCUCGGCUCUGAUCAAUGAAAGUCGGUUUCCACGGAGCUCCUCCCUGACAGACAGCUUCAUCCCGCCUCCUCCUCAGACCGCUCCACCCCCUCCUCCCUCCUCCCCGCUCUUCCUCCUCGACUCUGGACCUCCUCCCUCAUUCCUCCCCCCUCCUCCCCCGGCCAGAGGGGAGGGGCUAACCCGCUCCAGCUUCAAGCCGGGGGCGGAACCGAGGCUCCAGGAGCUCUCCGAUUCACCAACGAGGAGCCACGCCCACGCCGAGCGGCAGAGGAAGGCGAGGUCGAUGAUCAUCCUGCAGGACACGCCGCCACAGCUGCAGCCUGACGCACAUGCUGCCGCCUUGCACACGCUGCACACUGCCACACACACUGCCACACACACCGCUACACACACGCUUCACACUGCCACACACACCUCCACGCUGUCUCUCCACAGCACCAGCGCCGCCCCUGGUCACUCACCGCUGUCACGCCGCCGUGGACGACCCAUAGAAAACCCUUAUGCUAACGUGGGACAGCAGGCUCCGCCCUCCAAGCCGCAGAGGAGGAAGUCACCUUUGUUGAAACAACUUCCUGUAGAGGAGCAGGGACAUGAUCCGUCCAAAUUAGAGCCACCCUGCAGCCCCAGUAGGGCGGAGCUGUACCAGCAGCAGGUUCUUUCAGAGCGAGCCCGGGUUCAGGGCCGCAGGUCAUCUCUCUUCCUGUCUGUAGAGGGAUCCGGGUCAGAAAACCAAGUGCCACCCCUCCUGACUCAGAGCCAUUCAAUGGACGACCUCGGCGAGCUUCCCCCUCCAGCCCCGGUCCUGUCUCCCUCACCGACACCUCACACCUUCCUCCACCCACUGACGGGGAAACCGCUAGACCCCUCAUCUCCACUCGCCUUGGCUCUUGCUGCACGAGAACGAGCGCUCACUGCCCGCACGCCGAGCCCUGAGCCUCGACUAAAACAUGCAUCUGCCUCCACUACACCCAUCCCCACCCCAGCUGCCAGCCCCGAGGGCAGACACAAGCGCACCCCCCUCACCACCCCGCAGAGCAGCCCUGAGCCACGAUCGAAACGCACCACUCCUCAAACAAGCCCCGAGCAGCGAACCAAGCGCACCACUCCCCAGACCAGCCCUGAGCUAAGGCAUAAACGCAUAACCCCACCUUUGUUCCCUGACGGACAGGUGGAGCGUCCAGAGACAGAGGGAGGAGUGACAUCACCUGCCGGCCCCUCCCCUGAGCGCUGGAGACCCACCGCCGUGCCAUCACUGGCCAGUGAAGGUCACUCUGCUUUGAUUGACAGACGCAGAAGCCUCACAGUGGGCAGCUCAGAGGAGGAGGGAGGGGCUUACACAGUUACACUCCCACCGGCGUUGUUGUCAUCCAGUGAUGAGGAGACUAGGGAGGAGCUCCGCAGAAUCGGCCUGGUAGCUCCACCCCCUGCCUUUGCCGGUCCUCCCGCCCCUCCUCCCCCUUCCUCUCUCACCUUGUUGCCAAGAAGAAGUGGGGAGGGAGGGGGAGGAGAAAGUGGUCCCGACUCCCUGGGUCGAAGAGGAGAUGAGGAGGAAGGAGGUGACGAACGGCUUCACGACAGCUCCUCCUCCCCCAGCUCACUCCCUCCCUCCAUAACCUUGGCCUCCCCUCCUGCUCCAUCCUCCCCCUCCUCCCCUCCUGCUGCUCACCCUUCCCCCUCCUCCCCCUCCACCUCCCCAAUUGCACUUAAGCCGCGUCUUCGUUCACCUAUUGGUCGGGGCCGCUCUGCUCUUCGGGACCCACUGCUGAAGCAAUCAUCAGACAGUGAGCUCCUCCCAUCUGCUGCUUCCUCCUCCUCUCCCUCCUCCCCACUCUGUUCGUCCCCAACCGGCGGUGGCCGACAGCCACGCUAUCUGUUCCAGAGGAGGUCCAAGCUGUGGGGGGGUGGGGACGACCGCGGGGAGGAGCGGCGGGGCCUCAGCCCCGAGGAAGGAGGAGGCCGUCCAGCAGCACUGGGAGGUCAGGGGUCGGGGUCAGCCGUGGAUCUGACCAGCCGGUCGGCGUCAGCACUUGAGCUGAGCGGCAGGGCAGGGUCUGGACUGGAUCUUGCUAAUCGGCUACAGCUGCUCAACAAAGACAGUCACUCUCUGGGGGAGGAACCGAGUCCCCUCGAUCCAGGCCGGAGGUCACCAGUAGGAGGUGCCAGAUGUGUGGACAGUGAAGAGAGUAAAUCGUUGUUCUCUAGUCUCGGUGAACUCCACACCAUCUCCCAGCGAGGAUAUGGCGCCAGCUAUACAGUCCGACCAGGAAGCCGCUACCCUGUCACCCGCCGGAGCCCCUCCCCGUCUCCCUCCCCAUCUGAUAGGUCAAUAGGGCUUGCCUCGUCCUGCCCUGAAAGGCCAGACCUGAGCUCGGGUCGCAGUCUAACCAUCCUGAAGUCGUCCAGUCUCAGUCUCCCCUCAGAACCAAAGGAGGUUCGGUUUGUGAUGCGAAGUGCCAGUGCACGAACCAGGUCCCGGUCACCCUCCCCUUCACCCCACGCCUCUCCCUGCCCCUCCCCGGUCCUCAGCGGGCCCCUGUUGGCCCUACGGCCAUGGAGGCAGCGGCCCCUCAGCCUGUGGAAUAAAUAUGACGUGGGUGACUGGCUGGAGAGCGUGGGCCUGGCCGAACACCGCCAGCGCUUCCAGGAGCACGAGAUCGAAGGCUCCCAUCUCCCCGCCCUCACCAAAGACGACUACGUGGAGCUAGGCGUCACCAGACUGGGACACCGAAUCAACAUCGAGAGGGCACUCAGACAGCUGCUGGAUGGUUCCACUUGACCCCUCACCUCUGACCACAAACCUCUAGACAUCCUGAACUGUGACCUCAUUACUCCUGACCUCCGGUCAGACACUAGGCCAUCUCUUUGACUAGGAUAUCUUAGCAGUGACUGAAUCUUUAGACCUUUUUACCAACGUGGAACCCAGCUCUCCGAGUGAUCUCGGUGACAUUUUGGCUUAUCAGCUCUUUGAUCAACCCAAAAGGACCGGUAGCGCCAAGGUCUGUGUCCAGUGUCUUUAGUUUUAUUUGAAUUCUAUCAACAUUGUUUAAGUCAUAAGAACAAAAACAAACACUACCAAAUUUGUCAUUUCCAGGUUUUGCAGUAAAAAACACCGACCUCCACAACACAAAAAUUUGAUUCCGGCAAAGAUGCGAAAUGACGUUACAGCGACAACCACUUUACUGUAGAGGGGGGACAAGUAAAUUUGUGCAUCUCUGAAUUCACAGUAGCUCUACUACGAUAAGGAGUCCAGGUUAGAAUAUUAUUGUGAUUCUUCUUUGUAUGUGCUUUUCCUUUCACUCAAACUCUCACACUCUAUGCCAAACAGUGGAUCACUUCACAAAACUGAGGCAGAACAUUCAAAAUAAUUAUGAUUUUUUUCAGCCCCUCUUCCUCAACCAAAUAAAUAUCUAAAUAAUAUAUUUGUUUGUGAUUUAAAUGAAUUAAAUCAAACAUUUAUUGAACAUUUGUUAGAUUGUUAUUGAGGAAAAAUAUAUUGCGAUAAUUAUAAGUUUUAUUUCCCAGCCCUAGAUUACCUGAAAAUACAGAGGAAUAUCUCAGACCCUGUUAAAGCUAAUUGCAGCUGGAGCUCUUCUGCAAAUCUCAACAUGUGAAGGGACAUUGAUCAAAGAGCUGAUCUGACAAACUGAUUACAUUACGCCGUUUAGCUGGAAUUUUGCUAGCAGAGCUGGACGAUUAGCGAGCCACUGGGAGUCUCUACCUUAACAACAGGAGAUUAGCUGGGGAUAUUUCUCCGUCCUUUUACAGAAAGUUUUUGUGACUUAGCUUUUUUUUUUUUUUUCCUCUUCCAAAUAUCACUCAUGAAGAAUUUUGUGUUUAUUUUGAGUUCAUAUCUUAAUACCGAUCAUUUAGAAUUUAUGAAUAACAAGUAAUAAUAAUGUGGUGGUGAUGAUUUACAGAGUUUAUAAUAGUUUGGAAAAUGGUUUUGAGUUCUUUAUGAUUUGACAAUGAGUUGAAUUUCAAGGUCGUUUCGGUGAUGUUUUGAAAUUCAUAAUGAUUUGUCAAUGAGUGACUUUGUGCUGAUGUGAUGUGUGUUUCAGGGAGAGCUGCAGCAGAGCUCCAACUGUAAACCUCUCUGGUUUCUAACCUGCUUAUCGAGGGCUUACUGUACAUGGUGCUAUCUGUUUAAAGCCAUCUGUACAGAAAAUACCGUUCUCCUUCCCCUCCUAUACCUUCUUAACGCCUGAAACUCUAAUGUGUUAUUCCUAAAUUAAUCAAACGCGGCUGAACCUGCCAUAACCAUCUUGCAGUAAUGGUACCUUGCCAGGAACAGGCCAUAUGUGGAGUUUCCUCCCUGCCAUAUUGGGGAUUUCGUCCCUGCCAUACGUGGAGUUCUCUCCAGACCAUAUGUAGAGUUUCCCUGAGGCCAUAUAGAGUUUAAAAACAUAAAAGGGAGGUGUCCAAUUAAAGUUUACCGUGCAUCCGUGUAAAGUUUCAAAAUUUGUGUUUAAGGGUUAAGAUGCAGUCACACCGAAAUUCAGUCUCCAUUAAUUUCAAUAAAUAACAAGACAUAUUUGCUUCUAUCAGAGAAGAGAGAAUGCUGCUCUUCUGCAAGUCCAAGAACAAUUAUAGAGGUUAAAGACAUUCAAGUAGGGCUGGGCGAUUUGGCCAAGAUUUCAUUUCAAGCUCGAGUCUGAAACAUGAUUGAAUCUUUGCAUUCUUCAUGCCAUUCUUUACUCUUCUUAGAUCCCUAUUAGCUUCUACAAAGUGGUUGCUUGUCUUCCUGGGGUCCAAGCAAAGUAACAAUCAAUCACUUAAAAUCAUACAAUAUACAUAAAACAAAAGUAGAGAGUAGACUAAAUAUAACACAGACAAAAAACAAUAUAAAGCUACACCUGACAAUUUGUGUCAUAAAACAAAUAAAAACAAACAUACUAAAACAGCAUUUAUGUAAGAUUCAUCAGCCUUUAUUUAACCUUGAAACUGCAGAAAGUCUAAAACAUGAUUGAAAAUUUGCAUUCUUCAUGUGUAAGAUAGUUAAGCAAGCAUUAUAGAAGACCUACACCUGAAAGGCGUUCACCGUUAUUCAGCAAAUACAGGUUAAACCAGACAUCUGCAGACUGAGAGUGCCACAUGCUCAGUUUCAGCAGAAAGUCUGCUGUUUGUAUCUUCUGUUACUUUUUGUGCAAAAACAAAAAGUACAAACUUAUUCAAUUAAUUUGAUAUAACGCCCAGCCCUACAAUAAAACACUAGCUCUAUGCUUUACUGUUUGUGGAAUGCUAUUGCUAGUGCCAGCCAUGCUAGCUGAUGCAAUUUGUGCUUAGAUCACCACAAACACGACAAAAAUGUCAAGCAAAGGUCUUCGGUCUGACCAUAAUCAACAUUAAUGAGCACAACUCUGUCCCUCCUUUCACCAUUUUACCCAGACAUAGAUAAGACUUGUAUUUGUGCGUCCAGUAAAGAGCGAGGUACAGAACGUGUUUAGCCUAGCCUAGCACAAAGGCGAGAAGCAGGGGGAAACUGCUAGCCUAGCUUUAUAAAAAUGAUAAAAAUACACCUUCCAGUAGCACAGCUGUCUGAUUUACAUGUUGUAUCUUGUUAGCCAGCAAGCUACUCACCAAUAUAUCCAGCUGAGCAAGGACAGAGCUCAAAUGCAUCAUAAGGACAACGCUAACUGCUGCUAACACCACAAUGUCUUGUUUUUAUUUCAUUGCCUUUCUAACACUGUACAAUAAACAAGAUGCAACACAUAGUAAGACAUCACUGGAGUCACUGGAAGGUGCAUUUCUCUCACUUUGUUUCCCUUAAACUGGGAAAAACAUUAAUGAUGAACUGCUGACUUUAACAGCGCUUUGAGUGAGACCAUUACUGCUACUUUUCUUAAUAAUAAUAAUAAUAAUAAUUUCACACUGUAAACGUACACUAAUUCAACCCGAUAUGUUACCGUUCCACCUCUUCAUUCCCCUCUGAAGCACAAUCAACGUCACAGUGCCUGUUUCCACAACAACAAAUCUACAGCGUUUAUACAGAUUUUUAUCCAAUUCAAGUACCUGAACACAAGCCGAGCUACAAUCAUGAAUCCCAAAGUUGUACAAGUUCGUGGUGCCCUUUAAUGGGGGAAAAGUAUUAGCUGCCCAUGGCAGAGCACAGAGCUAUAGAAUGUAUAGUCUAUGUACCGCACAUUACAGUAGACUUUAUAGUCUGUAUAAUAUAUAUUAUGGUAAAAUAAUGUAGCUAUAGUGUAAUAUAUAAAGUAUAGUAGACAAUAAAAUGUAUACAGUAAUAUUUUGGUAGACUGUAGUCUAUAAAGUCUUUUGCCAUAUGUGAUAUUCAUCCUUUGUAAACAUCGACACGUCAGCUGUUUAACUUCAAACAAAAUGCUGUUUUGGCACAAAAUGGAAAUAAAGAUUCACAAUUGAAAGUGGAAGAGUUUAUGUUUAAAGAGUAACUUCACACUAAAUCCACUUGCAUGAUUUAAUAAAUUACAUCUACAGUCAUUUAAUCAUAAUCAUAAUUAGUACCCAGUCUUUACAUGUCCUGUUCAGUCCGACCCUGGCAACACCCCAUCAAGACAGAAAACAGAGAUCAAAUCCCAGCAGUGGGAAUCUGAAUCUGCUUAUUAAUUCUCAACUUCCUAAUUAGGGGUGAGUGGAAGAAAAUCGAUGCAGCAUAGUAUCGCGAUAUUUUCUGUGGCAAUAGUGUAUCGGUCUUUUAUUAUGUAAAUUGUACAUGAGAAUUUUACUUUUUGGUACUAUAAUAAUAAAAUCAAUUGCUUUUUCAGUCCACUAGAAAAAGAGUUUUCCUUUGGGAACACAAUUUAAAGUUGGAAAAAAGGUAAUAAAUUCCAAUACAUCGCAAUGCAUUUAAAAUCGCAAUAAUAUCGUAUCGCGGUAAUAUCGUAUCGUGGAGCCUCUGGUGAUUCCCAGCCCUAUUCCUAAUCCGAAAUCUAGUUAGGUUAAGCUUUCAACAUUUGCAAGUAACUCAAGUUAUAAAUAUGUGAAACUCAAAGAGCUGUAAUCACCUUUAUUGGGUCUGUUACCCGGUUACAGAACCUAACCCUGUUUUUGUUUCAUUGGCCCUGAUCACCCUUCGACGGUGGAAAUCAAGGUCUUUUGCCGUCAUCCAUAAUUCUUAGAACCCUAGUUUCAUACAGCAGGUAAGAGAACAUCCGAGCAACUGGAGCACAGUGACCAGGCGUUCAAACUGAAAACAGCACUAGAACAUAGACAUCAGCACUAGAACGUUUUCACUGCAUAACAACAAUAGUGAGGUUAACAGUAAAAUUACUCCGUCCUCUAAACUAUUGUACUCUACUUGUACUUCAGUGAUAAUAAAGUUUAAUGUAAUUUAAACUAACAGGAACUGUGCGCUGACAAUAACGGUCGCCUAACAGCUCAGUGAAACGCUAAAGCCGAGACAGAUGACUGAAAACGUGGCUGAAAAGAAACUCAAGAGCAAUCAAGUACCGUCUCACUGUCCUCUGGGAGCGUAUUUAAACUAUUAGGGGUUCUUAAGUUAGUUAACACCCUAAAAUAAUUGAUACAGUUGAUUAAGCAUGCUCAUGUUAAUAAUAUAUUUCAAACUAACUUGUUUGUCCAAAGUGCUGUUCAACCACUUAAUAAUCAAGGCAAAGGUGCUUGUAGAUGUUCCAAAUAGGUUUGGGCUGAUCGAAGACGCCAUCCUAAAUCACAAUGUGGAGCCGGCAUUGGGAGUGUUGUUGUAGAAGACGAUCAAAACCAACGUGGUACCGAAUGACACCUGCACUGUUUCUUUAUCUGGUCCGUGCUUCUAAAAUAUCCACCGUCUCUGCGCAGUGUAGAGUAAUACCGAGUUUUUUUACCAUAUGUUAUAAGACGACAGAUGCCAAUUUUGUAGACAUCACCCAACCCUGGUUCCAAAUGACAACGCUGGCCAAAAAACCCGCCGCCAUAGAGACGGGCAAGGUGCGACGAAUCGUACGUAUAGAAGUUCAAACCUUGCUUACUUGCAAACCUCGGCAUACAUACCCAAACUUAGUAGCGCCCCCUCCCCCAGGUGUAGACGAAGGAGGUUUCAGACACCCUUCAAUGAUCCGACUUCGCCUAAAGCCUACUGAUGCCUUCAUUACAUAGCCUUCCACACAGGACUGGACUGUUCCAAUAAAACCUUACCACAAACAUAUUUUUAGUAGUCUUGUAUCUUCAGAACAGGUAAAGAGGAAGUGCCUGCGUGGCUGUUUACACUGCGUGAAUAUCACAUGUAUAUAUUAUAAUGGACUAUGGUCUACUGUACAGUCAUCCACAGAAUGAGACGUGGGCUGUCGCUUUCUUCGCAGUGUAACAAUGAAAAUCAGUGAUGGAGAGGUCAUGUGACCUCUUAACCUCUGACCUCAGGUCCCCACUGGGAAUCCCUCUGUACACUUGUAUAGAUAUGAGGUCAUUCACUUGUUGUAGGAUUUCUCAGCCAAUCAGAAACAUAACCAGCAAACCUGCUGCUAAAAUCUCAGUGAUGUUGAAGUAGUUCCUUCUUUAUUUUUCCUUAGAGCUCUGCCUUCUGUCACCAAUCAGAUUGUUCAGAUACAAAGACGUUCUGAUGAAGAUUAAUAAAUUAAUCUAAGUUUAUUCAGCAGAGAACAUGAGUCUAGUUCUGCCUGGAGACCUAGUUUUUUGUUGCCAUCUUCCUCUAAACUGCAUCCAUUUUGUCGAGAUCGCUUCAGCUUUAGUUCCAGUACCGUUUCAAUUCUCUCUAAAAUUAUAAUUAGGGGCAACGCACAUCUGUCACAUUAGAGACGUGUUUCAGGAGACACAUCAACUCCCUGGAGUCUCACAACUAUGCUACCAUAACUGGACUACUUCUAUUGUCUACAUAGCGCCAGACUAUUGCGUUGCAAAAAGGGAAGUUGUUUCGGGUUGUCGCUGGUUCCGAAGGAAAAUUCCCGUUAAUUUUUCUUAUAGACAAUGUUAUGCAACAGAAAGUUUGAGUACUUUUAGUCCUGAAUGGAUAUGUAAACUCUCCUGUCUGAAUCAUCAGUGCAACAGAUGAUGAACAACUGUGUCCGAAAAAUAAUCCAAAAAUUUUAUCUGAUAAAAAGUCAAAAGUCUGUGGAUAGAAAAACAGAACUACAGAAGAGUUUAAAGUUCUGUCAGGCUAAAGUUUGCAUUUCUGCAGCUUAAAUGAACGCGUUUUUUUUUUUACCUUUAGAGAAACAAAAUAAUUCAGAAUUUAAAUAACUAAAAGUGAUGAGCAUAACUAACCUACAGCACUGUUAUGUUAGGCCCUUGUGUAUCCAUGUUGCAGAAUACUGAGGAUACUAUUAAAAAGAAAAACUUUAAACAGGAAUUCAGAAUGAGGAAAAAUAUUUCCAGAACCAGCGACAUCCCUUUUUGUUCGGUAGGCAGCCGUCAAAUAACCACAAUAACGUGUCAGGUGUCCUGAUAUAUGAAAAUACGCUCAUCUGGUUCCACAUUAACUGCUGUGUUAUUUCUUAUUUUUUGUUUUCGGCUGAUUUUUGUAGUUCUGAAUCAACAUGACCCCAAAAAAAAGCUGCUAUCCUCUCAGUUACCUACAGGCUCAGCCAUAGCAUGUAUGCUAGUUAGCGGCUAAAGCUAGCUACACAUUUAGAACUAUUUAAAUGGACAUCAAUUAACAAUCAAAAUCAUUGUUAGUUUCACACAAAGCACUGAUGCUAACUAAAGCCACCAAUUUGCAUCAUAUAAUCUUGUCCAUUAUUUCCCCCUAUUAGGACACUAACAUUGAUUUAUUUCAGCUUCACAUUCUCAAUAUCAACUAGACGUCUUGGUGUAAUUUAAGCUAACGCAACAGCUGAAAAUUACGUUCUUACAAAUCACUAGCGAUUUGUUUUGGAAAUUCUCCCCCAAGAAAAUAAAAAUGUGGCUAAUUAGCAGUGGUGGAAGGUAACUGAGUACAUUUACUCAAGUAUUGUACUUCAGUACAAUUUUGGGGUAUUUUACUUGAGUAUUUCCAUUUUAUACUACUUAAUGCUCCACUACAUUUCAGAGAUAAAUAUUUUUUACUUCACCGUUUAGUUAGUUACUUUUCAAAUUAAGAUUUUACAAAAAAAACAAAUCCCCAUCUUAUAAAAUAUGAUCCAUUGUUACAGAUUAAACUACUAAAAGUAUAUGAGGUAGUUUAAAUAAGCUCCAACUAUAACACUGAAAGUAAAGCUUGCAUAUUACUACAUCAACAAUAUAAUAGUAUAACACUGACACUCUGCAUUGUGAGUACUUUUACUUUUGAUACCAAUACUUCUGUGCUUUUAAGUGAAAUUUCAAACGCAGGAUUUUCACUUGUAAUUGAGUAUUUUUAUUCUCUGUGGUAUUGCUUCUGUUACUCAAGUAAAUCAUUUGAAUACUUCUUCCACUGCUGCUAAUACGAAAGCAAUCAUAGCCUGAAAGUCUGGAGACAAAACGGCCGUUCAGUUUGACGAAAGGCUAACACGGCGACAGGAGAGAACCAGGACGAUGCUAUAAAAAGAUGGAAUAAAGAGCCAAAAUGGCUGCCGCUGGAUAUCGUAAUAACGCAUCAGCUUCCUGCUGAUUGGCUGAGAAUCCUGGCUUUCUAACUUGCGUGUGAAACCUUCCUCCUCCUGAUAGUCACUUGGUUAUAAAUGGUUUUAUGGUUACCCUCCUCUUCCUCCUUUCUAGCUUCCUCUUUUUACAGUAUGUUUGUAGUUCUGGAGUGAGUGGUGUGUGUAUACUUGUAGUUUUUUUUUCUUCCCUUUUCUAGAAACUGAAAAGAGCACACAAUGACAACUGAUGAGCUCUGCAACGCAACAGAUUGUAAUCUUUAUAAUAAACUGUCAUUUAAUACAAAGUUAA